GCAACCACCACCACAAGGAGACAAAGGCGAACCGAGGUAUCACCAGAACAGUUUGUUUUUCUCCUUCCUCCCAUAAACGUAUCUGGUCCUAAGCAAAGCCACAUCUGCCAUCGUCUUGUUCGAGCUCGUGGUCUUUCACCCUCAUGGAGGGAGCUAUCUCCAGCCCUCCAAACACGAGGAUUGCCGUCGUCACCGGCGGGAACAAAGGGAUCGGUUUCGAGGUGUGCAGACAACUAGCCAGCGACGGCGUCACAGUUGUUUUGACGGCCCGGGACGAGACGAGGGGCACGGCGGCCGUGGAUAAACUCAAAGGGCUGGGGCUCUUCAAGGUCGUCUUCCAUCAGCUAGAUGUCUCAGACGCUUCGAGCAUUGCUGGAUUGGCCAAUUUCUUGAAGACCCGUUUCGGGAAGCUAGAUAUUCUGGUGAACAAUGCCUCAGUUGGUGGUGCGGAAUACGUCCAAGCUUUCGAUACCGACGAGGAAAAGUUCAGUGCCCUGGAUUCGCACCAAAGACUCGAAAUGAUAAUGAAAAAUGUCUGCGAGACCGUCGACGCUGCAAAGGAAGCCGUGCAGACAAACUACUAUGGCACCAAGCAUGUAAUCGAGGCACUGCUGCCUCUACUGCAAUCUUCCUCUGACGGAAGAAUAGUGAAUGUCUCCUCCAAUUAUGGACUGCUAACGGUUAUCAACAAUGAUGAUGUGAGGCACGAGCUGAACGACAUCGACUCCCUGACGGAGAAGAGGCUGGACGAGCUGCUGGAAAAGUUCCUCAUGGAUUUCGAGGCCGGCGCGUUGGAGGUGCACGGGUGGCCGAUCGGGUUGGCGGCAUACAAGAUGGCCAAGGUCGCCAUGAACGCCUACUCGAGGAUAUUGGCGAAGAGGCGCCCAGAGCUCUGCAUCAACUGCGCGCACCCAGGCUUCGUCAAGACCGACAUGAACAUGAGAUCGGGUGUCCUGAUGCCCGAGGAGGGAGCACGUAACGUGGUGAAGGUGGCGCUACUACCGGACGGCGGGCCGACCGGCGUGUACUUUGCCGAGGGUGAGGAGUCGUCGUUCCUGUGAGAUACCCACCGUCGGCCGCACCUCAACCGCCGCUUACUGUGGCACCGCCUUGGCUAGUUUUGUGGUAGCUAUACUGCUUGUUUGAGAUAACAAUAAUGAUUGUUUCAGAUUUUCUAGAACAAACACAAUACAUGCCCAUUUCAAACCUUAAAUUUCAA